AAAGCAAUGAUUCGGCAAGGAAGUCGCGCAGCCGCGCACGCAGCGCGCUGCUUCAGCGCCGCCGGUGCGGGCGGCAAACUAGGGCUCGAAGGCCUCGCUAACAAGGUAAAUUACCGCUGUCCCAUGUGAAACUAUGCGCAAAAACGCAUCGAUGCAACACAGGUCGACCUCAGCCAGUCGCGCGUCCUCAUCCGGUUAGAUUUAAAUGUACCUUUAUCAAAAGACGACGGCGUGACCAUCACGGACGACACGCGGUUGAGGGCCGUCGUGCCCACCAUGAAUUUUCUGAAGGAGCAGGGCGCGUCGGUCGUCGUGGCCACGCAUAUCGGCCGACCUAAAGGAGAACCCGAUCCGAAGUUCUCCGUCUCGCCCGUCGUUGGAAGACUUUCGGAGCUACUUGACACCGAUGUGAUAAAAGCGGACGACUGCGUCGGCGACGACGUGAAGAAAAUGUGCGACGGCAUGCCCAAGGGCGGUGUCGUCCUCCUGGAGAACGUGCGCUUCCACAAGGGCGAGACCAAAAACCACGAGGACUUUGCCAAAGCCCUGGCGACGUCGUCGGGCGCCAAUGCCUACGUGAACGACGCGUUUGGCACCGCGCAUCGGGCCCACGCGUCGACUGAAGGUGUCGUAAAACAUAUUGAUGGUCCCGCUGCCGGCGGUGUGUUGAUGGAGAAGGAGCUCGUCUACAUCAAGGGCGCUAUUGAUGCUCCUAAACGACCGUUGACGGCGAUUCUGGGCGGCGCGAAAGUCUCGACGAAAAUCCCGGUCAUCGAGUCCAUGCUCGACAAGUGCGAUAAUGUAUUAGUUGGGGGCGGCAUGAUCUUCACUUUUUAUAAAGCUCAGGGCCAUUCUGUCGGCGGGUCGUUGAUCGAAGAGGACUACAUAGAUAUGGCUCGGGAUCUGUUAGCGAAGGCCGAGGCCAAGGGCGUGAAGUUCUUGCUGCCGAAGGACGUGGUCGUGGCGGACAAGUUCGCCGCCGACGCGGCGUUCAAGAAUGUCGGCGUCGACGGCAUCCCGGACGGCUGGCUCGGGCUCGACGUCGGGCCGGAGUCGGCCAAGGAGUUUUCGGAUGUUGUUUCUGCAUCAAAAACCGUGGUCUGGAACGGGCCCAUGGGCGUGUUUGAGUUCGACAACUUUGCCAAAGGUACUUUUGCGGUGGCCGACGCGCUUGGCAGUCUGGACGGGAUCACGAUUAUUGGAGGGGGGGAUAGUGUGGCGGCGGUGGAGAAGGCCGGUCUGGCGUCGAAGAUGUCUCAUAUUAGUACGGGUGGCGGCGCGUCCCUCGAGUUGCUGGAGGGCAAGGUGCUGCCGGGCGUGGCCGCGCUCGACGACGCGUGA